AUACAGAACUAUCUGCUUACUGCUUAGUGUAUAAAACAUGGCUCGAGGAAAGCAAGAGCAUGUUCUGCACGAGCUUAUUUCUCCCUAAGAAAAUACUUUUAUGGAGGAAGAAGCUAGCAAUGGGACGUGCAGGAGUGGUUGCGAGUCGGCUUACUGUAGCGAGGAGGACGAGUUGCCCUGUGGGAGAGAAAGCGGCGAGGAUAUAAACAGAACCUGCCCUCUCUCUUCCUUCCCUUUCGGCGAGAUAGUAAAGAAAGAGAUAGACGUGGAUGUAGCAGUUAUAGGAAAUGGACCUUCUGCUAUAUUUCUUUCUUUACUGCUUUCCGGAUACAAGCUAUUCUUCACUGGGUCUCACCCAAACAAAAUACUCAGAGAAAAACUAAGAACGGACGUGUCACUGCUAGAACAAGAUUUCCCAUAUCUUUCUGAAGGUCUAGAGGGUCGAUCCAGAAACCCGGUCUCACUCCUCUUCGAUACUCUCUUUCAUCCAAACGCUGACAUCGGACAGACCCACUUGUCCUCGUUACGCUGGGAAAGAGACGAGUCUUCCGCUAUUUCUCACGUCGUUUUAGGGUGUGGCAAGCCGGGAGGGGUGUGGCAUGGGGUGGAGCCUAGCACACUAACACUGAGCCACCAAGAAUGGCUGGACUUGCCUUUAUACUCGUUUAACGACUGGAAAAAAGACGAAAAGAGAAAAGAUGAGAAGAACGAUAAAAACUCAAAAUGGCGUGCAAAAGCUGGCCAUGUUGCCCAGUACUACCAAGACUAUAUUCACAAAAUGUCGUUAAAGGAUAAUUUUAUAAGCUCCGUCUUGAUCAAGAGAGUGGAACAGAUAUGGGAUUGUCCUUUAUCCCCUAAUAGUCCUGGACACAAACCAGUUACUCCUCCAUGGUCACCGACACGUACCUCUUCAAACUCAGUUGCUUCACCUACUACUAGUGAGGGUAUCAUAGCUGAAAGUGAGAUUAUUCACAGUGCCAAAUGUAUGUGUGACAAAGGAGUCUGCUGUCCUACUAUCGUACAAUGUAAUCCAGAGUGGAUGCUACAAGGAAGCUACUUGAAGCCGUCUUGUUGUAAGAGAAGAGAUCAAGAAGAAGCUUCACCGACAUCACCACUUGGCUAUUCAUCUUCUCCUAAUUCGAUUGCUGUCAAAUCCCGUAAAAUAGUCUUAGCCUGUGGCUUAACGGAACCAAAAAGGCUUGGGAUACCAGGAGAGGAGUUACCAUUCGUUACACACAGUUUAUCUGAUUUUAAAAAGAGACUAAAGUGUAGCAAAAGGAGAGGAAGGUCUGGCUCAGCACUAGUUGUCGGAGCUGGCAUGACAGGUGCUGACGCUGUGCUGUACUGUCUCGAUAAUGACAUUCAUGUGAAUCACUCCUUCUAUCAAGAUCUAAGUAAAGCUAAUAAUCUAUUAUUAUCAAAGCUGCCUUCUGGAUACUACUUAGAAUAUCAGAGGGUAUGGAAGCUAAUGAAGGGCCUGGAAACCUCUCACCUCUAUACUCCACUUGAAGGAACAAGAGUGAAAUCCUUUUCCACGAAUGGAGAGACGAUUCUUACAAGCUCAAGCGAGAUAGAACAAAGCCUUGCUACUUCAGUGGGUAUGAUUGCAAUCGGGAGUCAAGCAAAUUUAGGAUUCCUACCUCAAGAUAUUAGUAGUGUCCUUGGUAUUGAUCCAAGCCAAGCUAUUGACGGUAAAAAUAAUUCAGUCGAUAUCGACUCAUUCUCGUCCCAAAGUGAGAGGGUUCCUAAUCUAUAUGCAUUGGGUCCUUUGGCUGGUGAUAAUUUCGUUCGAUUUUUAUUUGGGAGCGGUUUAGCUUGCGCUAAAAGCAUCCAAAACUCACUUUGCAAAACCAAUCUAUCACCGACACAAUCCACACUGUCUUCUACUCAAACAAACGACACCACAAUUUUAUAAUGGUAUUUUGCAUUCAUCAUAUUGCAGUACUUCAGUUUUGCCAAUCCAUAUUCAUGUUUGAUUUGUGUACAAUGAUCAUGUCAAUAAUGUACAAUCGUGUUUUUAUCAAAUAUAUUUUCUUUGUUUAUUAUUAUUAUGAUAAUGAUAAUCAUACUCUAUUUACAUUUUAAACCAGAAAAACAACAACAGUAUCAUUGUUUUUAUUUCUUGUUUAUACUCAUUUCCUCUUCUUUCUAACCUGGUUUGGGUUUCUAUGCCAAGCCCCUCCCA